GGAAAAAGUUGUAUUUAAACAGAAACACUCGCCAUGUGGUUUCUACAGACUUUAAAUGCGUUUCAGGUCGCUACUUUUGCGACAGUUUGAAUGAAUGACGAGACGGUUGUUAUUUCCCUGCUGGUUUUCUGGCGAUAACCGGAAAUAGAGCGGAAAAAGUUGUGAAUCCUUCAGGUUUGUUUCUCACAUUUUCAACGUUUUUCGCUUGAAUUUUUAAAAUGAGCGAAGCGGUAAUUGAAGAUGGCGAAUCAGGGGCUGAAUCUGCUGGAUGGACGCAGGGAAACCUCCAGAAGCUCAUUGCUUCUCUGAAGGACACCCUCCCAGAGAACGACAAAACGCAGAAUUAUAUCCGAGGGUUGAAAGCUGUAGACUGGGAUAAAGUUGCAUUCCCCCCAUUUUCUGCAGGUGAAUGCAAGGAGAAAUGGAACAGCUUCAUGGAGAAGAUGCGCAGAUUUCGCAGCCUUCCUGAGCUCCUUGAUGAAGCUGAAGAAUUGCUUUCAACCCCCUCCUGUAAAAAAAAUAUUCACCCAGACCUCCCAAAACCACCUUAUCCUCCGAAAGGGGCUUAUAUUCAGAAGAAUAUGUCCAAGUAUGCGAGGGAAAAUCCAGGGGUGAACGCAGCGUUAAUCACAAAGGCCCUUUCCGAGGAGUAUGAAAAACUCUCAGACGAAUAUAAAGCUGAAGAUGCAAAGAAGUACCUCAUUGCAUGUGAAGAAUACAACAGAAAGAUACGGAGCUUUUGCAAAGACAACAAUCUGCGUCUUCCUCCUUCUAAGAGGGCCAAAAAAAGGAAAAGGAUCGUCCUUGAAGGUGGAGGUAAAGGCUGCGGAAAAUACAAAGGUCUUCCUGAGAAACCACCUGGGCAUGGAUAUGCUCUGUUCCUCGUAGAACACUCUCAACCAGGCAAAGCAGGCGAGACUUCACAUGGAGCCAGUUUUGUUCGGGUUAUGAGUCAACGCUGGAAAGAAUUGAGUGAAAAUGAGAAACAGAAGUACAAUAAACGUUGUGCAGAGAUGAAGAGAAAAUACGAAGCCAAGCUGAUGAAAUAUCUGGAUAAGUUAAAUGAGGAGGAGAAGAAGAAGAUUAUCGAGGAAAAAGGGAUAAAAAUCCCGAAGAAUAUACCGGACCAAUACGUGAUACAACCGGGUGAGCCGAAGAUGCCCUCCCAAUCUGGGUUUCUAUAUUUUCGCUCAGAUAUGUUGAAACAUGCCGGGAAAUCUAUGCCAAGAAAAGAGUGCAUGGAAAUGGCCCAGAAAGAAUGGCACGAGCUCUCAGACAUGAAGAAGACUCGAUAUGCUGAAAUAAUUCAGGAAAAUAUGAAAAAAUACACAGAAGAGCUGCAAGCGUGGUUCCAGACGCUGACUCAAAAGGAUCAGAGGGUUUACUUGAAGAAAAAACCCAAUAAGGCUAUUUUUCUCCAGAAAUAUAUAGACGAGUCUCCUAACCUCGCUUCAGACUCAGAGGAAGAGAAGACGAGUAGAAAAAAAAAAGGAAGAAGAAAGAAGAGGAAAUUAUGAGGAGCAAGGUUGACAGCAAAACUAGAAAGGAUGGAAACACGUUCGAGGCGAAUUGUUGAUCACAAAUCCAGAUGGAGGAUUCUCAAACAACUGGUUUCUACGAUGGAAGAAACGCCACCCAGGAGUGCUGAGAGGUGGUGCUGUUAACUUUCUGCAGGGUGGAAGAUGCAGAGCUGAAGUUCAUGCACCUAAAAAAAAAAUCCAAAUAAUGCCACACAGAAAUCUUUGGCUUGGACUUUGCUUAUAAUGUUUCCAACUACUGGAUAUAAGAAUGCUUACAUAUUUUCAUGUCAUUCAUAAGGAAUUUUUUUUUUUUAAUUUAAAUUGUAUAAAGUUAGAGAAGUAGCUUUAAUGAAGCCAAAUUUUUUUCUGUUUAGGUGUUCAAAUGUUACAGAUUUGUUUGUUGCUGCUUUAUGAUCCAGCAAAUAUGUGCCAAUAAAAUAAAAUAUUUAUGUUGCUUUUUUA